AAUUCGAAUGAAAUAUUCAUCAUAUUCCGUGGCGGAAGUGUGAUGAUAUAAAGAUGUUUAGUAGGAUGAUGGCUCAGUAUAUCACCCCUUGAUUCAUCACAAUAAUGAGUCUGGAACAUCUGGCUUGGUGGAAGGGAAUUAAUUAUCAGAGUUAUACAAGACUUAAAUGCAAAAUUUAAAGAACUUGAUUGAUAGCUAAGGGUACGUUUACACCACAAAGAUGUACUAAAAACGAAAAAGUUUUUCCUUUGCGUUUUUGAAAAGUUUCGCGUACAGACGACAACAUUGUCAAAACGAUCCCCGUUCACCCAGAUCCGCGAAAACGACUAAAAACGCUGUAUUAUGCAUUCCACUUUGUAAAGAAACACUACGCGUCUGCGCACAAGCAUUCUUCCACAGAGCGGUGAAUACAAACAAUGAAGAUGGCGAAAGCAUCGAGCAAUUUUGUCUGGACGGACGAUGAGGCUGCUUUAUUACUACAAUUACUUUGCUGGAGAAGCGUCAAUAAACUCAAAAUCUUGAGCAGCACAAACACAGUCCUGUAGUCCGCCAUUGUAGUUUUGAAUGUCUCGCGCGUUGUUUUAAAGUACUCGCGCACAUGCCUAUAGACUGAACACGUAAUACGCAUGCGCAUGACGUCAUCGUUUUCACAAAUAUCGUUUUUGUAUGUUUACACGGAGACGAUAACAGCAUCGUUUUCAAAAACGUGCACUUUGAGACCCGUUUUCAAAAGUUUGCGUUUUCAGGCUCCAAAACGCCGUUGUCGUGUAAACGAACAUCCAAAACGCAUAAAAAGUUUUUCCGUUUUAGUUGAAAACGUUGUCGUGUAAACGGCCCCUAAUAUUCCAAUUUUAGAUCUAGGAUUUGAUUAGAAUAUUGUUUUGCUAUAUCCAUGUAUUUAUUAGUAAAACAGUGAUCUAGACAAGGACCAAAUGACCCCAAGCCAUUAUUUCAUCUUAUUUUAAUAUAAACCAUGAUAGAAAUCGCAAUGACACUAUUACUUGGACAUGUAUAUUGGCCCAUGUUUUUUCAAUGAUAAGUAAUUUGUAUAUGUAUCAACCACAAAUCAUUUUACAUGAUGACUUGUAUCACCCAAAUUUACUGAGCUCUUGGGCUUCUGGGUAUCAUCAUUCAGUACUAGACAUAUUCCAGUAAUUUGCCCUAGUCCAUGUCACUGUCAUUUUGUCCUUUUGACCUUCACUGUAUGAUAAUGGCAUCGUGUGUUCAAAGACUCCAAUUAAAGUUCAGGACCUUAGCAAUAUUAAUAUACAGUAUAUUGUGGGUUAGUCACAUAAGCUCUCACAGUGCACAGUUAUGCAACAUAGAGUGUCAUGUCAAAAUUAGAGAAAGAACUGGCUUCUGUUCUCGGUUAGCAGCACUCACAAUGGCUAUAAGAUCUAGAGGCAACCCUAAUGCACAAAUUAUAUUAUUCAACCACUGGAAUAGUGCUAAACACUAUUACUAUUAUAACUUUGGGAAUUUAUCUAAUAUGAAUAGGACUAAUAAAACAGCCUAAUAAGUACAUAUAUGCAACAUCUGUAUAUUUAGGAAUGAACCAUUAUGGCAUUAAGAUAUCAAAGUGGCCGGCAGGUUUUAGUGGCUAAUUUUUCCUGAGUAAUUUAUCCAAAUGUCCUCUAGGAUGUGCUGUUUCUGAUGUUGUUUGAUCGAAAGUAUUAGUAAAAGUGUUUGUUUAAAUUGGCAAUAUCCACAUAAGCCAUGGAUUAUAUAGCAAGAAAGCAACAAUCUUAGUGUGACCAAAAACACAAAGUUAAAGUUGUUUAGGUAUCUUUGUUAUCAGUGUUUUUAAAAAAGGAAACGAGAGAACAUCUUGUCCGCAAGAGCAUGUUAUUCCUACUGCAUCCAAUUAACCUUCCACUGAUCCCAUGAUUAGGCUCGUGGAGCCAUGGAUUAUGGUCAGAUAUAGGCAAUCAAAGUGCAGAAAGUCACUGUGAAUGUCCUUGUAUCAAAGUCAUUUAAAAAUAAAAGUGAUGAGUAAUAAUGUUGUAAGUUGCAAGUGUCUUUGUUGCAUGAUCAGACUUCAGCUGUGUAAGCCAAGUGUAGCACUAUUGUUCAUUAAACUGUUACACAUUCUUGGAUGCAAAUUGUUGCAGCAUUAGUUGGAAAAUAUACAGCACUGAUUCCUUGGACAGUAAGAUUACUGUUCUGCACAUGUAACUGUGAAGGGGGAGGGGGGAGAGAGAGACCGACAGACUAAGGAGAUUAUGAAACUUGUCUCUAAACUGUGCUCUUGCCCAUGCCAGACACAGCAUUCUCCAAUGGAAGUCCUUCAUCCUCACAUUGAACUUUGGGUGAAUUCUCCAACUAGAGUCUGCAUCCACAGAUGGGAUCACACAGAGCAAGUCAAGUGAAGAAAAAAUGGGAUAAUUGACCUAAAAAUGAUCUUGGCUUUGCAUACUGUAUAAUAAUUGUGGAAACCAAUGGUGGACAUGGAACAAGGUUAUCCAGUUCUUGAGGAUCAGAUGAUAUGGAAAAGAUGACCACACAAGGUCUUUGACUUUUGGUGUUCAGUGCUUGGCAAAGUGCGAGUCACUCCAUUUAAUACCAUUACUCAUGUCAAGAACAAGUGCCGAGGAUUACCACUCGCUAUGUGAAUCUCUGUGAAUUCUGCAAGAUUUUUGCUUUCAUAUUCCACCUGCCAGAUCUAAAGCCACAUGUUAAAUGGUUCUAAUAAUUGAGAAUGGGGUUGCUGGAGGUCUACUUCUGGUCAAAGAUCGCCAAAAUUUCUCCAGUGACAACCAAGUAAGAGGCUGCAAUAAUGAAGAGUCCUCGAUACAGAGUUCCAUUUUUGUGCAGCCCACAGAGGACUCUUAUUUUGCAGAUGAUGAAGAGCACCAUCAUUAUGAUGAAGAUGAUGAUGAUGAUGAUGUCUACCAAGAAUUUGAGGAGUUGGACUUUUCAAAACUGCCAGACACCAAGAGCAUCGCAUCAGAUGAUUCCUUCUACCCACCUGAUGAUUCAUUCAACUAUGAGAAAUGUCCAAGCCCAGAGAGUCCUGAGCCACUCAGCUUCUUCAAGGCAUGCUGCACUAACAAUGCCAUCAUUGUCAAGAUCAUGAUAAGGCAAGGUGUGACACAGGAUGAGGUACGAGAGGUGGACAAAAAUAACAGAACAGGUCUGAUAGUGGCAUGCUACCAGGGCUUCGUGGAUGUGGUCAUUGCUCUUUCUCAGUGUGCACUUGUGGACGUGAACUGGCAGGAUAACGAGGGGAAUACAGCUCUUAUGACUGCUGCACAAGCAGGCCACAGUAUGAUUACCAACUACUUGCUGAGCUAUUUUCCUGGGCUAGACACUGAGCGCAGGAACUGCCAUGGCUUCACAGCGAUGAUGAAAGCAGCCAUGCAGGGUCGAGCCGAGUGUGUGCGGGUUCUUAUAAUGACAGGUGCAGACACUGACGCUAGGGACUAUGGCCGUAAGCUGACUCCACGAGAAUGGGCCCUGUUCACGGGCCGCUAUGAGACAGCCAACCUCAUGUCUCGACUGAUGGAACAACCAUGUGCCGAACAGUUCUGCGACUGUUACCAUAUGGAGUGGCCUGUGCUAGACAAGUUGGUGGCUCAAUCCAAGGAGCCCAAGUCUUGCUGGAGGAAGUUCUUGGAACACGCCUGUGACCUGUUCACCAUCCGCAUGAAGACCAACCCUGUGGAUGAAGGUGUCAUGGACUACAUGGUGCGUAUGACAACAGCACUGGCCAGCCCAUUUAUAGCCACAGCCUGUCGCACUGUGUGCCCGGGCAGCCCUCCGUGUGUGGGGAAACGUCGCCCGGCUGUACAGGACAUUCUUCGUAAGCAGCGUCUGGCUGAGUUGAAGAACCUGGGGCCCGAGCGUCUCAACAACUACAAGCGGCUCUUCCAGAACUCCAGAGUGCAGCUGGUGCCGAAGAAGCAAAAGCGCCGUGCUAGUCUGCAGCCGCAGAUACUGCGCAAUGUCGCAAUGGCCUCCACUGUGGCCUUCAGGAGAAGCAGCUUGCUACCUCUUCACAUGAUGCGCAGGAGUAGUGUGCGUCCAGGUUUGAUGGUGCCUAAAGUCAUGCUGUGCAAAGCUCCUCCCCCCACAUAUAUCCCGGAGAAGCCUCGACGUAGGACUUCAAAUGAUUCACAACACCUACAGAUCCCUAAAUGGAAGUACAAAGCUCUAAAGGAGGAGAAAAAGAAAGCACAACAGGUGGAUAAAUUGAGAUUGCCUGUUGUGAGGAAAAAGUGACAUGGCUUUUGAUGCCUUAGUUUGGGAUCUGUUCCACUGUGACACCAAUUUGAAGGCUAACCAAGCAGGCUUUUUUCACACAUUUUGUUUUACAAUCUUAAUUUAACACAGUCAUACCACAGUUGUGAAUUUUGAAACUGUUGUGUGCUUGAAAGUAAUUAGUACUUAGUAAUUUUUUGUGCUAAUUAAUUUUUAAACGGAUAGAGUAAUAAUAGAAUAGUAUUUAGGGAUGCCUCAAUAUGAACAUUUUUGGCUGAUACCGAUUUUAACCAAAAAUGUAUAGGCCGUUAAUGAUACCAAUAUUUUUGCCAUCAGGUCACUGUUUUACUUAGGAAUUUUGCUUUAAAAAUGUACAAAGUUUAACAAAAGCUUUUUUUACUGUUCUAACAAUAAAUAAUUUCCAUUAAAAAUGGAUUGGAUCUGAUAAGCACAGGCCAAAGUUUUAAAGAGAGCCACAAUGAAAGAUAAAUAGAAGAUAAAAAAUAACAAAAUAUGAUAACAUGAUGAUUGAUAUGAAUAUUGUUAUUUUGUACUUCUGCUGACUGAAGCGCUAAAUCCAGACUAUAUUUUAAAAUGCAGCCUUUUAAGAUUUAGUAACUGCGCAAGGCCAUAUUGUGAUUUUAAUCUUAAUUUAGUCAAUCAUGCAGCAUUAAUGGAUAUUAUACUGAUGUCUCAAAAGUCAAAGUCUGCUGGUUUCAAAUAAUUUUGGAUGGUUUCCUCAUCAUGUAGCCCAUAGGGAAGUGCCGCUUCACAACUGUCACAUCUGUUUAUGUCGGUUUUUCUGCAUUAAUGUAAGAACAAGAGAAUACAAAUCAAAUUAAGUGCCAACCCUUCUUCAUAUUGUGGCUAUUAUUAUUUCUGGAUUGUGCAUUUUAAUUCACUGAGUUUUUACAAAGUGUGAUACUAAUUAAUUAUAAAUAAAACAACAGUUUUUUUAUAUUGGCAUUUUCAUGUAAUAGCCGAUAUGCAGAUGGUUUUAAUUUGGUCUAUAAUUGGCUGAAAAUAUCGGCAGCCGAUACAUCGGUGUAUCCCUAGUAUUUUUGAAAAAUAUGUUUUAAAUUAUGUACACUCACACGAGAUGCAGAUUCCAGUCAUGUCGGUCUUAGAGAAAAAGCUGCUUUAUUCUACAAAUGGUGCUGGGCGCACAUGAGCGCUGCCAUGUUGAGAUCAUAUGACAAGCCGAAUAUUACUCUCUUGAAAUUGGGCGCUUUCUCUUGCAAUCAUGGCUGACUGAGUUGUGCAUUUUUACAAUAACAUCAGAAGCUGAGUUUUUGCUUGAAGCAUUAUCUAAACCGCUAGGUGGCAGAAAACAUAAACAUACAUUUUACUAAGUGCACCUUUAAAUAUGUAAUUUGCAAAUAAACAAACAAGGACAGCAUGAGGACAACUUUUGCCACAUUAAUUAUACACAGGCCCACACGGAAUCUGUAGAAUUCUGCAGAAAACGAAGAAUUGGAUUGUCAUUCAUUCAAAAAAAAUGUACACAUGCCCCCACACCUUACGUGUUUCUUCACUAAAUAUUUUGGCUUAAUUUAUCAUGAUCAAUACAUGUUUAAAUCUCCACAGAAUUUGCCUAAAAAUCAGCAGAUUCAAUAUGGGCCUAAUUAUAUGUCAUUCGUCAAGCACACAUCAACUUUAAUGAAAGGAAACCAUACCAUGGCUCAAAAAUGCAGAUUCUCUGAUGGAUUUAAGGACUACAAAUUGAACAGCUCUGUACUCUCAUUUUUCUUGCCUGCCAUUGGCUUUGGCUCCUCAGUUAUCUAAUAACACUAUUUUUUAAGUUGUAAUGAUUUCAGAGAAUCAGAUACUUUUCUGAGUGUUCAUAUGGUAGCAUAACUAGAAAUGCACUAAAAUAUUCAUGUGACGAGGAGGAGGGCAUGGCCGGGCCGUGAAUCAACUGAUCAGCAGGAGAGCAAGUUAAAGGGGAGCCCGAGGCACCAGUUUGAGAGAGAGAGACGCACGUGGCCACGCUGCAUGUGUGUCUAUGUCCUUAUGCUUUAUGUUGUUUUAAGUUCAUUUAUAUUAUUAAAGUUUAUGUUGACUGUUCAGCCGGUUCCCGCCUCCUCCUUGCCCAUCCUUUAACUUACAAUUCAGUAUAUUUUUCUUUGGCUCAUCCACUUCAGAU